CAUUCCGUCCCCAUACUGCUCUCAAUCCCCGCCCCUUGGGGGGGGGAAAUCCCCAGAAGUAGCACCCAAAGACACAUUCUGUCUCCAGACAAUUGAAUCGACGCUCUAGCUUUGCUGACUCUAUGGCUGAGGCAGAAAUAAGUCUUGGCAGCGGAUGAGGCCUGACUGAAUCACGCAUGCGCCUGGGCAGGUGGGGCUUGCUUUUUGCUUACGCUGCUGCGCGUGGUGAGGGUUAGAUUAGGACACCGGCGGGCCGGGCAGGUGGUGGGACUGUUUGGUGAUGGGUUCAGACUGGAGCAGCCCCGAGGAACGGGAGCCCCUCCUGCCACAGCAGCCGCCCCCACAGCCCCAGUACCAUCAGCAUGUCCAGCCCCGGCGGGGGCCGGUGGCUGCAGCAGCGGCACCAUCGCGGCUGUCGCCCCUCAGCCGAGGGCUGCCCCCCGCGGCGCUUCCAGUGCCGGGCCGUGUCUACGGCCGGCGCUGGCUGGUGCUGCUGCUCUUCUCGCUGCUGGGCUUCGUGCAGGGCCUGGUAUGGAACACUUGGGGCCCCAUCCAGAACUCGGCCCGCCAGGCCUUCUCCUUCUCCAGCUUGGACAUCGCCCUGCUCGUCUUCUGGGGGCCCAUCGGCUUCGUGCCCUGCUUCGCUUUCAUGUGGCUGAUGGACAAGAAGGGCCUGAGGGUAACGGUGUUGUUAACAUCAUCCCUCAUGGUGUUAGGAGCUGGCCUGAGAUGUGUACCUGUGUCAAAUCAACAAACAAGGAAAUGGCUGAUUCAUGGAGGGCAGCUGUUGAAUGGCUUGGCAGGUCCAACAGUAACAAGUGCUGCUCCAUUCCUCUCCACGACAUGGUUUUCGCCAGAUGAGCGUGCCACUGCCACAGCUAUUGCAUCAUUGAUCGGUUACCUUGGUGGAGCAUGUGCAUUUUUAGUAGGACCUUUGGUGGUUCCGGGGCCAAAUGGGACAUCAACACUUUUUCCUGUUCCUGGAAGCAGCCCUGAACAUAUCAAGGACCGCAUUGAGGCUGUGCUGUAUGCAGAGUUUGGCAUUGUGGCUCUGAUAUUCUCGGCGGCACUAGCCUACUUCCCAUCACGCCCUCCAUUUCCACCCAGUGUGGCUGCAGCUAGCCAGAGGCUCAGCUACAGAAGAAGUUUUUGUAGACUCUUAAGUAAUUCCCGGUUUCUGAUGAUUGCUCUAGCAUAUUCUAUACCAUUGGGGGUAUUUGCUGGGUGGUCUGGUAUCUUAGACUGGAUAUUAACCCCGGUCCAUGUAAACCAAGUGGAUGCAGGUUGGAUUGGAUUUUGGUCCAUUGUAGGAGGCUGUGUUGUUGGCAUAGCACUGGCAAGGUUUGCUGAUUUUAUCAGAGGAAUGCUGAAACUUAUACUUCUCCUGUUAUUGUCUGGAGCAACUCUCUCAUCCAUCUGGUUCACUUUGACAUGUAUAACUACUGCCAUUCACCUGCCAUUAACUACAGCCACACUGUAUGCGUCCUGCAUUUUGCUGGGUGUCUUCCUGAAUAGCAGCGUACCUAUAUUCUUUGAACUUUUUGUGGAAACAGUCUACCCUGUUCCAGAAGGGAUAACCUGUGGCGUGGUCACGUUCUUAAGUAACAUGUUCAUGGGAGUCCUUUUAUUUUUUCUCACUUUCUACCAUGAAGAGUUCUCGUGGUUUAACUGGUGCCUCCCAGGAUCCUGCCUGCUAAGCCUCCUCCUCAUCCUAUGCUUCAGGGAAUCCUACGACAGACUUUAUCUUGAUGUGGUCGUCUCCAUUUGAUAACACAAAUCAGAGAGGAAUUCAAUAGGAGGGUGGAAUUUAGUACUGUGCUCCGCACACUUUUCUUGAAAAUUGCACAGUUUAAAGGACACAGCUAGCAAAUUACAACAUUUUAACGUGGACAUUUUAACUGGAUUACAGAGAGAGAUUUUUUUGAAAUAUGCUUCCUGAUUUGGUAUUUUAAUAUCUAAAUAACUAUAAUGAGUGUUGUACUUGAAUGGGAAUUAGAUUAAAUACCUACUUAGUAGAGUGUGUGUUAGGGAAAAACUAGUUUUAAAACUGUGAGGUUUUAUUUAAUAAGCUAUUUAACUACUGGAUGUGCAUUUGUGUGUGUGCAAGAGAUAUACAUAUACAAUGGCAUUAUCUUGUCUAGGGAACCCACUUCGUGAGUGUGUGUGUGUGUGUGUGUGUGUGUGUGUGUGUGUGUUUAAAAGCAAGCAAAAUCUGUGAUUAAACAUAAUUUUAAAGUAAUAUCCUUUAAAGAUAUACAUAUCCUUUAAAGAUAUACAUAUACAAUGGCAUUAUCUUGUUUAGGGAACCCACUUCGUGAGAGUGUGUGUGUGUGUGUUUGUGUGUGUGUGUGUGUGUGUGUUUAAAAGCAAGCAAAAUCUGUGAUUAAACAUAAUUUUAAAGUAAUAUCCUGUCCCUCAAGAAGGGCCUAGUGGCAAUGUAAGAGCACUUUCAACUUAGUUGUCAGGCUAAACAACUUGUCCAACUCUACUUGUGGUUCUCCUUUCUUAUAUCUAAAAAGAGGAAUAAUAAAUAUGCAUUCAUAAUUCUUCUAAAACAUAGGGUUUUAAAAGAGGUAAUGACGUUUAAAGGUUGAAUUCCAUGCAAAUGUCUUAGCGUACUCCAAUACACUACGUUUCAUGUUUCUGUAUUUUGAGAGAUGACUGUGGUAUGUCUGCCUUAGUAAAUACCCUUAGAUGAGUGAGUUUGUUUUUCCCUAUUCCUGCCACUCUGAAGGAUGGUGGCUGUUUUAGUCACAUUACAUGACAAUGGGGUGCUAUAAAUUCAAUGAUUAUGUCUAAAAUAUAAUUUCAUUGCCUUGGUAUAGGAAAUAAAAGGUCAUCAAUGAGCCCCUGGUGGCGCAGUGGUAAAACUGCCGCCCUGUAACCAGAAGGUUACAAGUUCGAUCCUGACCAGGGGCUCAAGGUUGACUCAGCCUUCCAUCCUUCCGAGGUCGGUAAAAUGAGUACCCAGAAUGUUGGGGGCAAUAUGCUAAAUCAUUGUAAACUGCUUAGAGAGCUCCGGCUAUAGAGCGGUAUAUAAAUGUAAGUGCUAUUGCUAUCUCAGUGUACAAAGAAUAGUGAUUCCUAAUAAGGACUAAUGGUGUUGUGGGUCAAAGUAAUGAGGCAUGGCUAUCAGGAAAGGGGAGUUAGGUUCCAGAGUAGAGGGAAACUACCAAAAUUCUUACUGUAGUUUGCACUGCGGGGUCUUCAUUUGUCCAGGAAUACCCCCCCCAUGUGCCCAGGAAUGCCCCCCCCCAGACAAAAUGUCCCCUGAAACUGCAACAAAUCAUGGGGGAAAGUUUGAUCCCCCCCCCCGCUGGAACAAGCCACAAAAUGGCUCCUUUAGGCAAACUGGCAGGCAGAAGUUACCUCCACAGGGUCACUUCUGCCCCCUAGGAAAGGUGGAUACACGACUUUUAAUCUUUCAUAUCCGUGGAUGCUGGAAACAGCUAUCUGUCACACACCCCAUGGAUAUGUGGAACCACGAAUAGUGAUUCCACGAAUAACUAGAUUCUCCUGUAUCCUCUUCUGGAAAUUCCUGGUUUCGUUCCUCCUAGCCAACCAAAGCAGUCUCCCUCCACCCCACUCCAAAUGCUAAAUGUUGUAGCUCAAGCCUGUUUUCAUAUUAGUUUGUAGUUUAAAGAGUGCCUAUGAUGUGUUGCUGCAAUAGUAGCACUUUUCAAGCAUUCUUAAUGGUAGAAUUUAAAUUCCAAACCCAUUCAAACAUUUGGAGUUUCCAGUCUUUGGACUUUGGCAUAACCUAGAAAGUGUCAUGGACAUACUGUACCAUGCCUGCAUCCUGUAUUGUGGGGGAUAUUCUUCAUUUGGCUUCGUGUUUGAAAGCUAUUCCAUCUUCCCUAGUUGGUUUUACAAAGUUCCACAUGCUCAUGCCUUUCAGCAAAUCUGACACAAGUAGUACCUUGCCAAAUACAAGUUAUCUUUAUUAGUGUGGUACAUUUGAGAGUAGGAAUAAUCAAUCCAUGUUUGCUAAAUUGUGGCCAGCUUGCUUCUGUCUGGUGCACAAAUUAUUUCAAAUCACCUUAAUUUGUUUUCUUAGGGCUCUGUUUUAAGAUUGAUAGUUUAUACUUCAGUCCUGCAUAUGUUCUUUUCAGUUGGUAUAACUGUAUGCAAACUUGUAUAUACACACCCUUUCCAGUUUUAGCUGGCCCUUUAGCCAGUUUUAGCUGAAACUUCAGAUUGUCCUUCGCCUACCUAAUCAGGUUGUUAGUCAUAAAAACUAUAUGCAGCAUCCAGGUUCGGAGAUCAUGAGCAGCAUCCAGAGGAAUGAUCUGCUUGGGGAGUACGUUCCAUUUCCCGCUUACUUCUGCAACCUGCUGUGUCCCCUGAAAAUAUGUUCCUUGGGGUCUCCAAACCCUCAGGCACAUACAUUUGGGGGAAUAAGAGGAAAAAUUGUAUUUAUUACAAAAUAAAACUAAUAAUAAUAGUUAACCAAAUUUAAGUUAAACAAGUUAAAAACCAGGCUAAAACCACAAUUGCCUCUUUUCCCCUAUUGCAAGAGUAGAAUAUACCUCCCAAACAAAACACCAAUAUGACUCUGAAAACCAGAAAAACUGAGGAACAACUGUGAGAAAGGGCUAUUCCUUUUAAGCCCUGCUUGUGGACUUCCUGGAGACAUCUGAUAGGUCACUCCAGGAAGCAGGAUGCUAGCCUAGAUGCACCUUUGGUCUGAUCCAACAGGACUCUCAUGUUCUUAGACAAAUAUCUAGCACUUCUAGCAGACUUAUGCCAGCUCAGAGCCAUAGAGAGGUAAAUGUUCUCUCACUUUUAUAGGCAAGCUCUUUUUUAGUUUUCUCAAACAGGAUGCCUAGUGGAUCUUUCUGUGCACCCUUUGCUUGGGCCGGUCUUGCGACAGCUACAAAAAGGAUUAGGCUGCUCACAAAAAUAAGCAUUAUCCAUGGGAUACCUUUCCAGUGCUAUUUCCCUACUAUGGAACAUUAUGGAACAGUUGCGCUCUUUACUCAUGGCGGUACAUCUUGAUCCCAGUUGAGUCUAGACUGUGUUACACACACAUUCUAGUUGUCAUGUUAUUGUACUGAGAAGGUAAAGUUGGUCCAUAGCGUUAGGUUAGAAAUUCCCCUAUAUUAACAUUCUUCCUUAUUUCAUGUGUUUCUCACUGUUGGACUUUUAGAGAGAGAAUCUCAUUGCUCUUUUAAUGUGUUAAUAAAUAGUUCUAGUGCGCUGAGAAAUUAAAUGAAAACAUUUCAGGUUAUUAAUCAGCCGCUGAUGGUUCACAACAUUUUUAUGGAUGUCUUCCUAAUGUUUGACUGUCUUUCCUAUAAUUUUUAUUGAUUAAUAUAGACCAUGUAUCUUAUCUAAUUGCAGGAGCAGGGGGUAAUCAGUUAUAGAGACUGACCAAUUGAAAAUUGGAUAUAACUGCAAGUUCUAGUAUGAAGAGUUCCUUUUAAAAGGAAGGACUCUCUACAGUUUCUCUCUAAAAGGGAAGGAGACUCUACAGUUUUUCUCUCCUUUUGGUUUUAAAUUUCAUUUUGCAAAAAGGACAUUAAAAAUAAAACAAUUUGUCUUAAAUUCACCCCAUAAUUUAUAGUGUUUGUGCAUUGAUGCAUAUACACAAAUAUAUAUAGUCGCCAACAGCAUGAAAAGUUGUGCUACAUAGGAUAAUCACUAGAUUUUAAUGAACUUACUGCUCACCUGAAUGUCAUAAUUUCUCAGGAUUGCUGCUUCAUCACUAAAGACACAACACUAGAUUUGCAUAGAAUGGUGUCAUUCUGAGCCAGUCCAUGUUCAUAUAUGAUUUAUGAAUAUGAUGGAUGUCUGUAGAUGUUGGACUACUGUUAAUGUGAAGGAGUCUUGGUUUGUCAAAUAUUAUCCAUAGAGUGUAUUGAGAUAUGCAACCAAAACUAGGGUAAGUCUCAGGGUUGGAUACUUUUAGUCAAGAUUCCCUUGUUGCUUGAAGGUUAAGGGCAUUCUGAACAUAUAGGGCAUGAAUCAUUGCUAAGCACUAUUAAGCCCCUUUGAUAUCAUUGCACGAGUUAAGUGUAUGCUUAAAUCUGUCCCAUUUGAAAUCAAUAGGACCAAAAUGUGCUUAACUUUCAUUCAGUUGCCAUGAGGAUUAGUCACAGAUUUAAGAGCCAGCAUAGCGUAGUGGUUAGAGUGUUGGACUAGGACCGGGAAUACAAAACUCACUGGGUGGCUAUGGGCCAGUCACGUAUCUCUCAGCCUAACCUACCUCACAGGGUUGUUGUUGUGAGGAUAAAAAUAACCAUAUACACAGCUCUAAGCUCCUCGGAGGAGGAAUAUAGAUGUGAUAAACAGAUAUGUUUCUGUGGGGAGAAAACAUUAGCUUAGAAUGCAGAAUCUGCAUGAAUUUUGCCUGGCAGCCCAAUAACGUUCAGUGUUGUGGGUUUUUGUGUAUGUAUUUUUUAAUGACCGGAAAAAACACUUAGCUGAAAUUGGUCCUUAAAACACAUUUCAUUCUUGCUUCCACUGCUUCUCUAAAAGGGACUAAGGGCUAAAUUACACAAUAUACUGAGCUCCCCUGACCUCUUUAGUAAAAAGCAGCUUCUGGAGGCUGCAAUCAGAAGCUGGCCAAGGCCUCAUGGAAACAAGGUGCUUAAUCUUUUCUGCUGGCUGUUUCCCCCUCAUAAUUGCUCCCUCAGGUUGCUUUCUUCCUGCUUUGAGAGGAAAAAUGGCCAGUAGGCCCCAACAUGGCCCAUUCAGCCAUCCUCCCAUCCUGAUAUUUAUGUGUAUACAUAAAAUUGGAGAAAGGUUCCACAGAAUUCAGUGCUGAUAUGUAGUUUGGCCCUGCUUUGUACAAUCUAGUUAUUCGGUGGCAGGUUGAAGAUUUUGCCUUAUUUCUUGAGCACUUACAAAAAAUCACCUAUAAGAUUAGAUCUGCCAGAUGCAGUGACGGUAGAUGUUUUAGAGAGGGGCUUAGAGACAAGACUUGAUUUAUAAAAGAAACUACCUUUUAAAAAAAAAAAGGUUUUUCUGAGCAACUGCAUAGAGAUAGUGGUCAUAAUUUCAGAUGGUGCUUAGAGAUUGAUUAGCAAAAGGGGGGUUAUUUCAGUCUUGUUAGCCUCCUUUUUUUUUGCUUCUCUUAUAGCUAUAUUUUGAAAAAUAUCCUCAACCCAAUUAGUGAGAAUGACAAGGCAAAACACCCUAGAACCUACUCAUCUGUUUUGGGGGAUUAUGCUUGGGCCUGCCAUCUUGGACUCUGCUUUGUUGUCUGAUGACAUGAGUGAGUUAUGAAGUCAUUUUUAAGACAUCAGAGGCAUAAACGUAUUAUCAGUCUACAGGACACUGAGAGCUAAGCCUGCAUCACAGAAUAUAGGCUACUGUGUACUGGCAUAAUAUGAAGAUGUGUUGUAUCCAUAUGUGUACUAUUGAACCUGAGGGAAAUGUUCAGAUGGAAUGUGUAAUCUAAAAUGAGCAUCCCAUGUGUGUUUUUACUAAAAUGGGACGCAAAUACAUAUAUUAUGAAGAAUUAAUUAAAACAGAGAUUAUAUAGCACCCAUUGGCUCAGGGCAGCCUAUAAAGGUUUUAAUAGCAGCAAUUUUGAUUUGGUUAUUGACCUGCCUUAUAAUGAUAUUGCAUAAUAAUAUGAACUCAAGUUGUUGAGGCAGCAAAACUGGGGAAAGGGACUUUUUGUAAAUGAUGAGAUUAUUUUCAUCUUUUUACUCAUCACUACAGUUAUUUCCCAGCAUUAAAAUGCAAGUGGCAUGGUUGGUUGAGUAAACAGUAAAUAUGUAGGAAUGAAUGUGUCUAGAUUAUCAAAAGGACAACGAAGGGACACUUUCCUAUACUAGUUCCAUUAAAAUAAAUGAGAGCAGCACAAAAAGCAAAUGAUUAUUUCACAUGAGCUUGCACAGGCAAAAUUCUCAGUGAACUGUACCCAAUCUAAUCUUUGUUGUCCAGCACUCUGGAAUAUUUGAUACCUAAUAACUGAUGUUUUAUUGUAUCUCUCUUUCCCAUGGUACUAAAAUUAUAUUUGGAUCUUUUCAAAUGUAAGAGAUUUGCCAGUGCCAUAGUUCCCAAUUGUUGUUUGCGAAUGAGGGUUGUAAUCCUGGUUUGUAAGGAGUACCCAGGCCACACUUUCCUGGUUUAGAAUCUGUGGUUUAACAAACCAAGAUGGCUUCUGUGAAGCCAAGCGCAUGUGGGGAGUGGAAGGGUGUGACAUUUGAAUGUGACAUUUGAAUUUGUCUUGAAUGAGACAGAAAUGUGGAUUACAUAUUGAGACAUCCUUGAGAAACUUUACAGAAAUAUCCCAACACAAUUACAAUGUCGAGUACAGUCUGCUUUUACUAAUCAAAAUAGAACGGCACUAGAGAUGUGCUCGAAAUGUGAUUCGGUGUAUGAAUUGUAGCACAAUCCCUUUAAAACCAAGGGCUUCCACAACCCCUUUAACAUGGAGAAGAGUAGGCCCAUCCCUGCUCCUCCUCUGCUCACUGCCUUUACUAUACUCACGGCACUCCCCCCCCCCCCCCGCCAGCUAUCAGCACAUGCCGGUGGUGAUGUCCCUCAGCUGCCCCCACACAUGCACAGAGACCAUGUGUGUGCUGACACUGCACAGGGGCAGCUGGGGAGAGCGCCGCCAGUGCACGCUGAUAGCUAUGGGGAAUGCUGUGAGUACAGCAAUGGCAGCAAGCAGAGGAGGACCAGGGACAGACCUGCUCUCCUCUGCAUUAAAGUGGCUGUGGAAGCCCUCCAGGUUUAAAGGGAUUGUGCUGCGAUUCAGGCGCCAAAUUGCAUUUUGGCACAUCACUAAGUGGCACAGACUGAAGAACAGUAAUGUGGCAUGUAUAAUAUCUGUGUGGUGGCUGCAGAGGCACACCUUGGUAGAGAUUAGUUCUGUUGAAACAAAAGGGAUUUAGUUCCAAGUAAAUGUGUUUAGAGCUGGAGUACCAGAAUCACACUGAUUUUUGAGACGAAGCUUUGAAACAAAAAAUAGUAUGACGCAACAAUUUUGUGGAAUUCCAUAUUCCCACCUUUGCCUGUUCCCAAUUUUGACUUGCAUCCUGCACAUAAGUGUAAGCAAUAGACACCACUGGCUAGAUUGUGCAUGCAAAAAGAUGCAAAUUCCAUGCCCUUCCCCAGAUUCUAGAAUUUGCAUUAAGACAAAGCUUUGUACGCAAUACAAAUUAUGUAAGUUUUUUCAGGUAUAAAUAUGCAUCAUUUUGAUCAUUCUGACAGAACUGUGUGUGUGUUAAAGAAUGUAGAAAAUUUUCAAAUAAAGGGAUAAAGGGCCAGGAAAGAAUGGGGCAUGAUCUGGGACUGUAUAAGGGAACCAGGGGACCUUUGUAGGUAAUGAAAAACCUACUUUAUUGUAUAAAAAUAACUACUAUAUGCCCAGGAAAUCCUGGUCAAGAUUCUCCUUAGGCUUACAUCAGUGCUUUAAAAACAAUGAAAUGAUAAAUCUGCAACAGACGAUGUAUGCAACAUCUUCCCUAAAUUCAGUGUAUCUGCAUUAUUUCAUUUAACAUAAAUUUAUUCUGCAUUUUAAAAUAUUUUUGUCUGAUUUGUUUCACCUCUACUCUCAUGAGGUUGUGCAAAGAGCUGCUGAAACCUGGCCACUUGAAUUCUUAUCUAGUCCUCCCUCUAAUUUCUGGCAUUUCAACAGACAUUGCCUUUCAGUCAUAUCUUCGCAACCAUGAUGCUUUUGAAAACCGUUUUAAGCCUAAGAUUUUUAGAAAGUCGAAUUUUUUGCCCAGUGUCAUUUUAUGCACUCCUUUAGAAUUGCAGCAUUCACAUCAUCCUGAUCAUUAUAUUUCAGAACCUUUCACAGUCAGUCUUUUUGAAAUUCCCAACCUUUUCCCCAAUACAAUGAAGUCUAGGAGGAGCCUGCGAUUUCCAGGAAGGCAAAUUCUUCAAUAGAUUGCCUCUCUUGUACUAUUCAAGAUAGGUAGUAUUCCAUAUUUGUAUCUGCAGUCUUCCAGAUGGCUGAGAAUUGAUGCAAAUUCAAAGAUUUCCAAAUGCAAAUAGGGGCAGUUCAUUGCUAAAUUUUCCUCAUUCACCUCGGCCUCUGGUUGUCAAAUGAGAUUUUAAGCCUGACAUCUUUUUCAGGGAGCACAUAGCUCCUUGUUUUGAAAUACUAUAACUCAUUAACCUACAUAACGCUUUUCAUUAAACCAUGCCAUUUUUACAGGUGCUUAUGCUAAUUGCCUUGAGUUAUGGUAGAUUGUCAACAAUUUUGUAUUCACAUGGUUCUGUAGAACACCAGCAAAAUGCUUCCUCUUGGGUUGGUUCUACUUUGGUUAAUAUUAACGACAAAGCAUCCUUCAGUGAUGUAGCAUUUAACUCUAAAUUUUCUGACUACACUUCUCUCAUUUCUCUAACUUCUUGUGAAUGCAGCUGCUCAUAUGCAAGUAGACAAAAUUCUGCAUUUUCCUUGGUAUGUGGUUUUCCUGUUACGUGCAAUUGGUCCAGAGAAAGAUAUUUUAUAUGUUAGAAAUCUAGACUUUAUAAUUUCAUUACAGAUUUGUUUUAUCUAAGCUUGGUAGUGUGAAAAUAUAGAAAAAUCCAGUUGCUUUUAUUUGCGGGUAUGACUUAUUGUAAAUCAAACCUGAAAUUGUAAAAAUAUAUUGUUUUAGAAAAAAUUGUAAAUACAAAACAAAACAAAACUCUGUUCGAAGUCAUUAGGUUUUGUAAACAUUUUACUUUUUGUAAUUUUGUAAAAACAAAAAAAAGACUUUUAUUUUGGGGCAAGUUCUACUUUUGUAUGUAGUGUGCAGGCAUAGGGCACAAUUUGUCAGAAGUAUAUCCUGCAUACACCUCAUUUGAAAUGAAUUAGGCCUGUGGUCACACUCAACUCCCAUUAGCUUUCUUUCUUUUUUUUUUUUUUUUUACUUGAUCAGGACAUGUUUCUCAUGGAUUGUGCCUGUGAUGUGAUAUCUUUUAUUUUUUAAUAAAAAUUAUUUAAAACCACUGUCUGAUGCACCUGGAAAUAAACACUUCACCUAUCACUUUGGAGUUCUCUUGAAACAAGAAUCUUGCUGUAAGAAUUGUGUGUUAACUUGUGUAAUACUUGAUACAUAUUAAAAAGGUUAAUCAUGA